UGACUUGACCUCACGUUGUAUAAACCGUUCACUGAGCAGCUUUCACUUUCACGCCCGGUCUUGGCAACGGUAUAGGUAGGACUUCUGUCAGAGAUCUCUUCCCACAAUCGCAGCAGGCAGACAUACCGGUCACAACUGCUAUUCCGAAAACCUCAGAUAAGUCUCCUUUCUUCCUUCAGUAGAAGGCCUUAUCAAGGUCUGUAUGGAAGCCGCUAUGGAAGACCCUGUGGGAGACCCCAUGGCAAUCCCUGUUGAAGCCCCCGUCGAAGCUCCCAUCCAAACCCCUACCGAAGACUCCGUGGAAGAUCCUGUGGACAAAGAGAAGAACAAGAAACAGAUAUCCCCGCUUACAGGCAAGGAGCUGAGCAAACACGAGAAAUGGGGCUUGAAAUAUCUCGAAAUAGAGCAGCACCCGGUCUUCUGGGAGCGGGUUAUCUAUUGGUGUAGAGAGUGGUUUACGGAGGCCAAGUGGAGGGAGGUUGUACGCCGGAUUGAGCGGGCCGCAAAAGAAGACAACGUUAUCGUAUUUGGAUGGCAUCCACCAAUGCAACCUACACAUUCGACCACCGCAAAAGGCAUCCGUCGGCUACUAUGCUUCAGCUCUUCGUCACUGACCUCAUCGACUGGCCCGCAUCCAUUGCGCCCAGCACACCUCCCACGCAUCGUCACCUCUUCGUCAGCAAGUGUACGACCUCGGUGGGAUGUCGUGGCUUCUGGUCCCCCAACCCCACUAUCUGCUACUUCAGGUCUCGUCAAGAAUGCCUUUGCUGAGGGAGGUGUAUGGGCAUCUCUCUCGCCCAAGACACCCGCGAGUAUGGCUUCUGUCGCAUCAACGCCCAUCACUGCCGUACCACUCGGACUCUGGGCAUCAGACCCACUCAACGACCCUGAUGCCAAAGCGGCCUACGAUGAAGUACGUAAAGACGUGAAGAAGAUGGCUCUCCAUCUUUGUGCCAACCGACACGCCCUUCGCCUAUCGUCCGACGGCCAACACGAUGUCAUCCACCCAUCCAUGGUCAAGCCCAAAGACGAACUGCAAGCCUCGCAAUACGUUCUCGACUCGUGCCAGUUAGAACUCUCGAUGCAUACCGACCCAAAUCUGCCAUAUAAAAUAGAGGAGCUCGCCGAUGACGAAGCUUCAAAUCUUCGCCAUUACAGCAUCCAGACGGCCCAGAAACUAGAAGAUGUUGAUUCAUGGCUGAGCAUCAAUGAAUGUACAGGAGAAAUUAGUACUACACUUGAUGCACAACGCAAUCUCUUGCGUAUGAAUCGUGAGCGGCGCCAGAAUCGAGAAAUGAAACUUACCGAGGAAGCAGUGCACUGUGCGUGGGCGGCCAAGAUAGUCGAUGACGCAGAGUACAUUGUCAAGUGUCGUGCUGAAGCUGGGGACGAAGAUAGCAGCGACGACGAGGGAUACGACUAUGAGAACUUCAUUCGCAGUCUGCGUAGUGCAAGCAGUAGUUGCGUCUCACUAGUCGAAGAGAACACAGCAACUAGAGAACUUAUCCUUUGCGAUAUCUCGACAGGCGCAUCCAGCAUCGAAGACUUACAGCACUGCACUCGCACACCGGGCUACAGGUCAACCAGCAACCCCACACCCACACCCUCUUCCCACCAAGCAUCCGACCUCCCCUUCCACAACCACAACAGCAUCCCGACAUCCACCUACCACCGCUCCACCAGCACCACAUACCGCCCCCGCCCCUGUCCUUGUCCCCAUCCCCCCUUCAUCACCACAACCACCACCCCCGACAUCAGUGCUGACCUCCGCACCUCCCGCCGCCACGCCCCCACCCUCCAAGACCUCACCGACUGGGCCGACGAACUCAAGAAAAUGGAACGUAAACGCACCGAACUCCGUCUUACAGGCACACUGACGUACGAUACCGAUGUGCAUCCCGCUUUACGCCCCGUACCUGGUACGCCGCGGUAUACUACUCGUGGUAGAGCGACGAGUAGCAUGGCGAGUAUGGGGAGUAGCGUGAGUUGGAAGUGUGAGACUGCGUCUUUGGUAGAGAGGGAGUGGGAGGGGGCGGUUACGCCAAGGGGAGAUAGGGAAGAUGUGCGUGGUGGGCUUCGGCUUUCGCCGCCACGUCCGCUUAGUCUUGAGAGUGUGGGAGAAGGGGAUGGUGGGGAGGAGCAGCAGCAGCAGCAGCGUUGUGCGAGCGCGAGUUGAAGUGUUGGGCUUGAUCGCCGUGUGUCGAGGCAGAGUCGGGAGGAGCAGGAUGAGUGGGUUAGGGAGUUGGUGAGGACGGAAAGUAGGGAGAAGAUGAGGCAGGCUGAGCGGUUUAUGUGAGGUUCAAGAGAUGCUGGGAUUGUUUCUUCCAGGUUGGAGAAACUUGAGGUUGUGUACAUGUGUGGGUUUUCAUUCAAGGAAGAUGAUAUCAGAUCGAUCGUCCGAUGGAUUUCUUAUAGGAAUGGGACUGAAGGUAUGAGAUGAAUAGGACAAAAAAACGACGAUACGACUAAGAAUCAAUAUAACAGUACACUUGCAUCUUAAUUUCCAUAUACUAAUUAGUCCUUAUACACUCGGACGACAGCAAUCUCAUGU